AUGAUUGGUUCAGUGGUGAUGACCACAUCCAGCCCAAGUUCCUGUUUCCGGUUUGUUCAUAGAUCCAACAUCCAAGCAGGGGAGGAGCAGAGCAUUGAGAGAAUAUCCAAUAGAGAAGCAGAAUAUAUUUUUGGAAUGAAUGAGCAGUCCCUGAGCAGCAGAGAGACCAGCUUUCUCAUCACUGAAGAACCAGCGUCUACAAAGCGAUACAAUUUGUUCCUGAAGCGACGUCUUUUGUUUAAAAAAGACGAACAAAGCAAGGACUCUAUCUUCUUCAGAGAUGGGAUUAGGCAAAUUGAUUUUGUGCUUUCCUAUGUUGAUGACCUAAAGAGAGAAGCAGACCCAAAGGCGGAAAGGAGGAAAGAAUUUGAACAAAAUCUCAGAAAAACAGGUCUUGAGUUGGAAAUUGAAGACAAAAGGAACUCUGAAGAUGGAAAGACAUAUUUUGUCAAGAUCCAUGCCCCUUGGGAGGUACUGGUUACUUAUGCUGAAGUGUUGGGAAUCAAAAUGCCUAUUAAGGAGAGUGAUAUUCCUCUACCCGAGAAUAUCCCAUUCAGCUGUAUGCUUGAGCCUCUGAAGCUCCCAAGGAAUGUGAAGCGCCCCCAUCCUGAAUAUUUCACUGCCCAGUUCACCAGGCAUCGGCAGGAACUCUUCCUCAUUGAAGACCAGUCAAGCUUCUUUCCAUCCUCAUCAAGAAACAGAAUUGUUUAUUAUAUUCUCUCACGGUGUCCUUUUGGCAUAGAAGAUGGGAAGAAAAAGUUUGGGAUUGAAAGACUACUAACUUCUAAUACCUAUUCAUCUGCCUAUCCACUCCAUGAUGGUCAAUAUUGGAAGCCAUCAGAACCUCCUAACCCUGUCAACGAGAGGCACAUACUUUGCCAGAAUUGGGCUCGGUUUUCCUAUUUUUACAAGGAGCAGCCUUUAGAUUUGAUUAGGAAUUAUUAUGGAGAAAAAAUUGGCAUGUAUUUUGUCUUUCUUGGAUUUUACACAGAAAUGCUGUCAUUUGCGGCUGUAGUUGGCUUAGCUUGUUUCAUUUACGGCUUAUUAUCAAUGCAUAAUAACUCAAGCAGCACUGAAAUCUGUGACCCUAAUAUUGGAGGGCAGAUUAUCAUGUGCCCACUCUGUGAUCUAGUGUGUGAUUAUUGGAGACUAAAUACAACGUGUUUUGCUUCAAAGAUCUCCCAUUUAUUUGACAAUGAGUCCACAGUGUUCUUUGCAAUAUUCAUGGGAAUUUGGGUCACAUUGUUUUUGGAGUUUUGGAAACAGCGACAAGCCAGAAUGGAAUAUGAGUGGGACCUGGUGGACUUUGAAGAGGAGCAGCAACAGCUUCAGCUGAGACCUGAAUUUGAAGCUAUGUGCAAACACAGGAAGAUAAAUGCCGUGACUAAGGAGAUGGAACCUUAUAUGCCUCUAUACAGUCGCCUCCCGUGGUACUUUUUAUCUGGAGCUACAGUGACGUUAUGGAUGGCUCUUGUCAUUGCCUGCAUGGUAGCUGUGAUUGUGUACCGCCUGUCAGUCUUUGCAACGUUUGCUAGCUUUAUGGAAAGUGAAGCAUCCUUGAAGCAUGUCAAAAGUUUCCUCACUCCCCAGAUAGCUACGUCACUCAGUGGAUCCUGCUUAAACUUUAUUGUCAUCUUGAUCUUGAAUUUCUUUUAUGAAAAGAUAUCUGCAUGGAUAACAAAAAUGGAAAUUCCUCGAACUUACCAGGAAUAUGAGAGCAGUCUUACCUUGAAAAUGUUCCUGUUUCAGUUUGUAAAUUUUUACUCGUCCUGCUUCUACGUAGCUUUCUUUAAAGGGAAGUUCGUGGGCUAUCCCGGAAAAUACACAUAUUUGUUUAAUGUGUGGAGAAGUGAAGAGUGUGACCCUGGAGGCUGUCUAAUAGAAUUGACAGCCCAGUUGACCAUCAUAAUGACUGGGAAACAGAUCUUCGGAAACAUUAAAGAAGCCAUUUAUCCUAUGGUUCUGAAUUGGUGGAGACGUCGAAAAGCUCGGACCAAUUCCGAAAAGCUAUACAGUCGAUGGGAGCAGGAUCAUGACCUUGAAACUUUCGGAUCUCUUGGGCUAUUCUAUGAGUACUUAGAAACAGUUAUCCAAUUUGGAUUUGUCACAUUAUUUGUGGCCUCUUUUCCUUUGGCUCCUCUUCUUGCUCUCUUGAAUAAUAUUAUAGAGAUCCGAGUGGAUGCCUGGAAACUUACAACUCAGUACAGGAGACCGGUAGCUGCUAAAGCUCAUAGCAUAGGUGUCUGGCAAGACAUUCUUUAUGGAAUGGCUGUCCUUUCUGUUGCAACUAAUGCUUUUAUUGUUGCAUUUACCUCGGACAUCAUUCCUCGUUUAGUUUACUACUACGCCUACUCAAAGGAUGCCGCUGCGCCCAUGAAAGGAUAUGUCAAUGACAGCCUGUCAACAUUCCUGAUAGCUGAUUUUCCAAACCACACUGUGCCUUGGGAGAAACGAGAUUUCACCACUUGCAGGUACAGAGACUACAGAUAUCCACCUGACCAUGACCAGAAAUAUUUUCAUAAUAUGCAGUACUGGCAUGUCCUUGCUGCCAAGAUGACCUUCAUCAUCGUCAUGGAACAUGUUGUGUUUUUAGUUAAAUUUUUGUUGGCCUGGAUGAUUCCUGAUGUUCCAAAAGAUGUUCUGGAGAGAAUCAAGCGAGAGAAGUUAAUGACUAUCAAGAUUCUCCAUGACUUUGAGCUUAACAAAUUAAAAGAAAACUUGAGAGCUAAUUCAAGUGAACUUGCCAAAGAAGUCCUAAUUCAGGAAAACAAAGCACAACUGGCUAAAUCAGCAGUCUAAUCAACAUAAUGAACAAGCCACUAGAUGCCUGUUAGGCUUCACAAUCUCCCCUGGGUUUUGGGCCAGAGGCCAGAAGCCACAUAUCAGUUUCACCCUGCCUCCUCCUCCUUCUUUUUUAAUUCUGAGUUUUCUGUACACUUUUACAGAGGCCAGCUUUGUGAGGUUGGAAGAAUACCACUUGUCUGCUUCAUUGACUGAGCCCUCCCCAGAUAUUGUUUUCUGGAGUUCUAGAAAUGAUUGUUAAAAGUGCAUAUCGAAUCAGAAUAGUGAAAAAUCAUGGAAUGUUGCAGUUUAGAAUGAAACACUGGACUUGGGCUGUCCCAUCAUGUUCCAGUGUGUCUGCACAUUUUCAUGGUCUUCUACUGGUGGUUUUAUAACUUCUCCCCAUCAAGAAAAAUGUUGAAACGUGGAGAAAAGAAGUGAAGAAGCCUAUUGAGCCGUAUAUAUCCUGCCAUCUUAGACCAUGUGAAUGAAAACCCCAAAUCAGAUGACUUAAGAAAACUCACAUAUUAAAAAUGUUAAGUAAAUAUCAUGGCAAGGGUUUGUUCCUGAAAUCACCCUGAACAACUUAAGCUUCCAUCAGAAUCCCAGAGAGACCUUCCAGGUCAAUACAGAAUUGGUUUUUCAAGAGACUGAACAUUUGGGUUUCAACAAAAGUCUAACAUCUCAGUACUUUUAAGACAACGUUUUGGUAACAGCAAUUUCAAGGCUGGAUUGUCUUAUCUGGAAAACAGCAUUAAGAAGUUGUUAGGUUGCUUCAGUUCUUCAAGUAAAUGAAAGAUAUUGUAGAGAAGUCAAUGUGUCUUCUUAGUUAACAAACACAAGACAAUGAAUAUUGAUUAAUUUGUUGACCUUAAUCUAAAAAAAUCGUUGAAUUACUUUUAAAAAUCAUUUUUCUUCUACCAUGCAUAUUUUGCAUCAUGAAGCCUGUUUGAGCAUAAGCUCUUUGUGUAAGUUAGGUACAAGUUGUUUAUGAAAUUUGAUCUCUCUCUUUAAAGCAAUCUCGAAUCUUCUAAUGGGUUUAUACUGUUUCCAAUUGAUGCAUCACUCCAUACAGUGCUCAGUGCCUUGUCCCUAUGCCUUUGACACACAAGAAGUGGUUGUGCUGUUUAUCUGACGUGAUGUAACAUCUCAAAUGUUAGCUUGUUUAGUGAAAUUGUCGAUUUAACAUCAGUCACGGAGUUUAACACCAAAAGUAGAUCAACCAAGUAAGAAGGGGGUGAUGGAUUUUACAGCCAAGUGAAAAUAAGUUAAUUGAAUGAUUUCUCUCAUAUGUAGGCCUCUGGUACAGGUACACCUUUUCUUUUUU